CCCGAGCCCGAGCCCAAGCCCCGGCGCGGCGCGGGUUCCCCGACGGAGGCGGCGGGCGCGGGGCGCGCUCUGAGGCCAGGGGAUGCGCCGCCGCCUCGACCAUGGGCGCUGUCGCCUCCCGGAGGAGGGCGCUGAGGAGCGAGGCCAUGUCCUCUGUGGCGGCCAAAGUGCGAGCAGCCCGAGCGUUUGGCGAGUACCUGUCCCAGAGUCACCCUGAGAACCGAAACGGUGCAGACCACCUGCUGGCUGACGCCUAUUCUGGCCACGACGGGUCCCCUGAGAUGCAGCCGGCCCCCCAGAACAAGCGCCGCCUCUCCCUCAUCUCCAACGGCCGCUAUGAGGGCAGCCUCCCAGAGGAGGCCGUUAGUGGGAAGCCAGCCGGUGAGGGUCCGCAGCCCCUCGUGUACACCAUCUCUGGAGAGCCAGCCCUGCUGCCCGGCCCAGAGGCCGAGGCGAUCGAGCUGGCCGUGGUGAAGGGGCGGCGGCAGCGGGAGCGGCACCCCCACCACCACAGCCAGCCCCUGGGUGCCAGCCCAGGCGGCAGCCGUGAGGACAUCAGCAGGCCCUGCCAGAGCUGGGCGAGCAGCCGCCAGGGCUCCAAGGAAUGUCCCGGAUGUGCCCAGCUGGCCCCUAGCCCUUCCCCUCAGGCCUUUGGGCUGGACCAGCCGCCUCUGCCUGAGGCCACCAGCCGCCGUAAGAAGCUGGAGAGGAUGUACAGCGUUGACCGUGUGUCCGAUGACACCCCUAUCCGGACCUGGUUCCCCAAGGAAAACCUCUUCAGUUUCCAGACAGCAACCACAACUAUGCAAGCCAUCUCGGUGUUCAGGGGCUACGCGGAGAGGAAGCGCCGGAAACGGGAGAAUGAUUCCGCGUCUGUAAUCCAGAGGAACUUCCGCAAACACCUGCGCAUGGUCGGCAGCCGGCGGGUGAAGGCGCAGAGUAAGAGCCGGGGGCGAGCAGCGUUCGCUGAGCGGCGCGAGCGGAGCUUCAGCCGGUCCUGGAGCGACCCCACCCCCAUGAAAGCCGACACUUCCCACGACUCCCGAGACAGUAGUGACCUGCAGAGCUCGCAUUGCACCUUGGGCGAGGCCUUCGAGGACCUGGACUGGGAGACGGAGAAGGGCCUGGAGGCUGUAGCCUGUGACACUGAGGGCUUUGUGCCCCCCAAGGUUAUGCUCAUCUCCUCCAAAGUGCCCAAAGCUGAGUACAUCCCCACCAUCAUCCGCAGGGACGACCCCUCCAUCAUCCCGAUCCUCUACGACCACGAGCAUGCGACCUUCGAGGACAUUCUGGAGGAGAUAGAGAAGAAGCUGAAUGUCUACCACAAGGGGGCGAAGAUCUGGAAGAUGCUCAUUUUCUGUCAGGGUGGCCCAGGGCACCUGUACCUGCUUAAGAACAAGGUGGCCACCUUUGCCAAAGUGGAGAAGGAGGAGGACAUGAUCCACUUCUGGAAGCGGUUGAGCCGCUUGAUGAGCAAGGUGAACCCGGAGCCGAACGUCAUCCACGUCAUGGGCUGCUACAUCCUGGGGAACCCCAACGGGGAGAAGGUACCGGGACCCCAACCCACCCCAGCUGUUCCAGAACCUCAGGACCCUCAUGACCCCUUACAGGGUCACCUUCGAGUCCCCCCUGGAGCUGUCGGCCCAAGGGAAGCAGAUGAUUGAGACCUACUUUGACUUCCGGCUGUACCGCCUGUGGAAGAGCCGCCAGCACUCCAAACUGCUGGAUUUUGAGGACGUUCUGUGAGGGCAGGGCUGCCAUCAGCCGCUGCCUCGGACCGGCGCCUGGGACUGGGCCGCUGUGUGCCACCCGUGUGCGUGGGUCCUGGUCUUCAUGGCCACUUCAGGGCACCUCAGACGCCGCUCAGGUUGCCUCCCGGGGGUCUGGUCCUCAACGCGCCACGGGUCAGAGGCCACGACUCCUCGGCCCGGGGGAGCCUCGCCCAACGCGGCUGGCGGAUGCUCCGUGGCCUGGGGUUGCCCGGGUCUAGGCCUCGUCUGGAGGCUGCAGCAUCGGGUGGCUCCCCCGCAGGUUCAUAGAAAUAAGUGCAAUUUUCUACCCUCCUCCUCCCGAGACAAUUCAAAGGGAAGCAGCAUUACUAGUUAACUAGUUAAGGCUAUGUUACUAGUCAUGGCAUAGACCACCCGGCUCAGCGUGUGUUCAGGACCCGCUCCGCCCCAGCUCCCCAGCCCUACCGUAUCUGAUCACCAGCACCGGGGCGCCGUCUGCCGGCCUGGCUCCUCCCUGGCCGAGUCCCUGAUCGUCUGUGCUUGGACUGCUCCUACCACCCUGCUUCUCUGACCUUGGCUGUGCCGACCCGGCAGGGCGCCUGGGCAGCAGCAGGGAGGGUUUGCCUGCCUUUCUCCCACAGGGACACCGGGUGGAGCCAGGCCCUACCUGCUCCCCGGCCCCCCGACACCUGCCUGGCUCCUGGCUGCUGUCCAGCUCAGCUCUCGGUAGCCAAGGUCUGGAGGCCUCGCCUAGUGCAGAGGUCUGGGGUCUUGGUGGGGGCCCGGCUGGGCUGGGCCCUGGUAGGCAGGAGCCCUGCUGUGCAGUGCAGUGUGGGGCUGGACCCCCGCAGCCCGGGCCCAAGGGCUGGCAGCUGGUGGGCUGGGAGUGGGCUCUCUUGUACAUAGCUGGGGCUUGGGGGCUGGCCCCCCUUUGCAGAGCCCAGUCUGAGAAACCUGGCUGUGCCCUCACCAAGGGAGGGCAGGGGCUUGUCCAGGGCUCUGAACAAUGUACAACACCCCUUAGAGUGACCAUUAAACCUGAUCCCCCGCUGCGGC